AUGUUAGCUGUUGUGGGUACUCGCUUCAUCAGCAUAACAACACCCACCGAUGGUAAUGAAACAACAAAUUUGACGUUUUCUAAACAAAAAUGUCGCAGUUUAUACGAGUCGAAUAUAAUUGCAUCAAUUUUCGAUGAUGAUGAAUCAUAUAUGGAAUCUAUGCAAAGUGAAAGUAGCAGUUAUGAAAGGUUAGAAAGCAAAAACGACGAACGUGAGAUAGAGCGGAAAGAAAGAAUUGUGUUAAGCGAUAUGAAUGCUGAUGGUGAUUUAUUGGCGGUUGCAAUAGGCGAGGAUAUUUCAAUAUUUAGUUUUCAUUGUGGUGCAAGAUUCAUCGUCACAGUGCAUCUCGGAGAAAAUAUCAAUCCAGUUGCUAUGAAAUUCAUGCCUGUAGUCAAUUUAAUAGUAAUUCUGACAAAUUGCGGGAAUGUGUUAUUUCUUAGUAUUGGUUCCAAUUGUAUAAUACAUCGAGUGAAGUUGGUGGAAAAUAAACGGAUACAAGGUGCAACUAUAAACUGCGAUCUGCAUCUUGAACAUGCGCGGAUGUGUAUUAUUUUAGAAAGUGGUGAAAUUUAUUCAUUUUUUUUCCCGAAUUAUUCAGAAUAUUUUCAUCCAGAACAGGAAGUCGAAAUCGAAAUAUCGAACAGACAAAAGGGCAUGGAAAACAUGGUUUGGAAACAGUUUGACACACAUUACGCUAGCAGAGAUUCUGCAAUCAUUAGUCAUUUUAAUACUCUUUUGCUUUUGUCAUCGAAGCAGAAUGCGAGAAUAGCAUUACUUGAUUUAUCCGCAGAAAUUUUGAACAAAGAUCCAGACGAAUUUUAUUCAUCUGACGUUUCGGGCAUCGUACGAAUUCGGCAUCUUACACAUCGUGACAAGCAUACAUCUCGAGCUAUCAAAUUUAUCAUGGCUUUGACAACAGACGGACAGUUGUUAAUUUGGGACGCCGUAACAACUCUGCUGAUUUCAUCAAUUGUUCUUUUAAAAACUGGUGAAGUUGCUAAAGAUUUCAUGCUUUUUGAUGAUGUUCUAGAUCGGGAAGGCAAAAUCAAUGAAAACACCAAGCUGGUACUUCUUUUUGUCAAUCAGGAAGGAGCGUGCCAGCUUCAAAUUCGCAAUUUCCGGACUUGUGAUGUAAUUUAUACGAAAGUAGUGAACAGUGCGACACUGUUAUUGAACAAAGUUACGCGCGAAGAGGGAUUGGUACUUUUUAUACAGCUUUUCGCGUAUGAAAGUAGUGAACUAAAUGCAGUCAAGAUCCAUGCAGUUUAUGAAUGCCAGCCGGAAAUGCGUUUAGAUCAUUUAAUAUAUCAGCAGCGAUGGGUUGAAGCUAAAGAAUUUGCUCAGAUGUUCAAUUUGAGCAUGGAGAAAAUUUAUAUAGCCCGUAUUGAACAUUUCGUGGAUACAGGAAUGAUGGGUCAAACUGACCUCGAAACACAUGAAUUAGACAAGUUUUUUGGUUGGAUGACGCAUGUUUCGGACCAGAAUUGGGUGGCUGAAAUGUGCAUAGCUGCAUUGAUGUAUUGUUCAAGCCAUUUGUGGGUUAAGAAAACAUUAGAUUUCGUAAAAAACCUCCAAAUUACAGAUAAUGAAACGAAAGAGAAGUUAUUAUUAAUGCGUUACAACUACCAAUCAUAUCGCGAGGUGUUUGGUCCUUGGCAAAAACCAUGCUGUAGCAAGUUCUCGGGAAUUGAUUUGUGGUCAGAAUUUCUCAGUGGUUGCUCAUGGGAGCAUAUUCUUGAAAUUUUCUGCAAGAAUGGACAAUUCUGUGAAGCACGCUUGAUAUGGUGUCGCUACCGGAAAACCCUGGAGGAGUGGAUUAAAGAAAGAGGAAGUUUCGAACGUCUACUAGGAGAAAUUCAUCUCACAGUUCGUGGUAUGAUUAAUGAGGUCAUGGAGGCAGUGCGUUUUCUAGAAGACGUUAUUCCUAUCGCAAUUUUAAAUGACCCUAGAACUUGCUUCUUAUGUUGCAAAACAUUUUUAAUGGACGUUGCUCGCGUAGUCGAAACAGAACACCCUGAAUGUUUUCCUGAAAAUUCUUUUCAAAUUGCGUCAACUAUGGAAAGAGUUAUACAGAACUUACUCAAUUGCUCUAUAACUCCAUGUCGUCAAGCAGAAGUUGCUUACGCACUUUCAGUUAUCGGGUGUUAUUCUGAAGAUCCAAAUGACUUGAUGGGAGAGUUGAAUGUUUAUGUAAAAAAUUUGCGUUCAAUGGAAAGGCUAAAGAGUGUUUAUCAGUGCACGAUGAGUUACAAUACUUAUCAAGAACAAACAGUGGAAUCAAUAUGUUACUUAAUGUUGGAACGCGUAAAAAGUAUUCAAUUAAUCAAAAGUAAUAUUGAUGAAUAUGCGAGACCUUACAUGAAUGAAUUCAAAUUGGAUCCUGAUCGUACACUGUACAAAUACAUUUUGAAAAUCGCAACUAGUUCUGCCGGUGUUGUUUCUAGUUCUAAUCCGUGGGAUGAACGGUGUUUGGCUGUAGCAGAAAGUAUUUCAAAUCUGAAUUUGAGAUGUGAGGCGCUGAUUGAUGUUGCAAAACGUGCUCACCCACCAUGGACUAAGCACUUAUCAAGUGCUGUACACGUAAUGUUAAGAGAUCCUGGGCUUGAUUUUAAAACAGCAUCUCGCUUGCAACAGCAAUGUGAUUUUGCUGCAUUAGGAGAACGGUUGGUACAAUAUCGUUUGCCGAUGCAAGCACUAGAAAGAUAUUUGCAACAAAAGCAUUUGUUUAGCAAGGCCAUAGAAUUUAUUUUUCGGCAGGAAUCUGUGGAAGCUGAUCCUCAACACAGACUUAGCAGUGCUCUGGAGAUAAUUAAAUUGGCGGAAAAGUUGAAGAAGAACUUAAUGGAGAGACAUGAAUGUAUUUUUCGUUUCUGUCUUUACUUGAUCAAUGCAAAAUUGAUAAAUGAAUUGUAUGUGGGUGUCGUUUCUUAUCUCAACGACCUUAGUGAGACUGACCGGAAUUGUGUGAUCGACCGGCUCAUGUCACACAUUGAAGCAAUGUUAAAUUGUCCGGUUUUGCUCCUGACGGAGAAGGAGAAAGAAAUUCGACUUCUAACUGUGGAAGCUACUUCAUGCUUCUUGGAGCGGUUUAGAAAGGAUGAAAUAUUUCUAUCAGAAUUGAAUGCUAUUCGAAAGCUGCAAAUUGAUCAUGGCAUGAUUACUCAUCUGUCAUUAUUGCGAAAUAACACUUGGAAAUCGGCGAAACUAAGAUAUUUUCUAAAUUGUCAUUUUGCUGAUGGUGGCAUCCCUGUAAGGAUGACUGAGCUUUUCAAAUUAUCAAAUGCUCUGAUGAUGGAAGAAACUGCGAUGUAUGAAAUAGCGCUUCACUGUGCAUUGGAAAAUCGAAAUCCUGUAGCAGCUUUGGAAUAUGCAAAAUUUGCGAUGCAAGAUGCAAAAAAACCAAGCGAACAGUUAUUAACACUUGUAGUGAAGAGUUGCAGCUAUGGAUUAUGGAUCAUGUCGGAGUUAGCUGAGAAUAGUGAUUUUGAGCCGAUAUUUGUUGUGUUUGGGAAUCUAUCUGAUUUAAUGAGUAUUUUAAUCGAAGCUACUUGCCAAAACUCUUCUUUAAACACGCAUGUUUUCCAUAUUGCUCUUUUUGUAAAUUUGUUCGAAGUGGUUGUUUCACAGUGCAUGUCUGAAGAUCUGGUAGAAGAAAGCGAAUAUGUAGACAAAAAGGCAUGCUUAAUAUAUGGAUUUGGGAGGCGGUCUGGCGUUUAUCAUUACAGAAUGGAUGGCACUCUUUUUAAGAAAAGUGACGCGAUACGACAAUUAUCCACUGUGGCUCGCUCCGUCGUUUUCGAUGUUUUGAAAGACACCGAUUUGAUUGAUAUCAACACGAGUAAUUUGCUGGAAUAUUACGAAAAUAUGCGAAUAGCAUGGAAAAGUUUCUUUUCCUAUUUGAUUAUCAAUAAUCAGCUUCUGAUAACAGUUUGUGCUCGCUUCUCAUUUGUAUUAUUAGCAUGUUACAUGGUUCCGAAUCAUGUUAAUCUGACUUAUUCUGAAUUGUUUGGGACUAUCGAAUUAUUUAUGGAACGAGCUUUAAUACAUAACUGUGCCGAUCUUGAAUUCUGCACUGCACUCAUUUUUUCCGCUCCAGUUGCUGAUAUCAAAAAGAUUUUACUAAAAACGCGAUCUUGGUGUGUAACACGAAAAUCGCCUCAUAUUAUGCUCAAUUUCAUUCGUUUUGCUCGAUUUUGUGCCAUUAUGCUCGAUGAUUAUUCUUUUGAAAAGCAGCUCAGUCAUCAUUAUGCACUGACUUUGUGGAUCAAGAAGUUGGGGAGACUAAAUGCUAAUUUUCCUCAGAACGUAUCAUUAGAUGCAACAGUGCAAGAAUUCGUUCGCUGUCUUAUCCCACCCGAAAUAUUAGUCGAAUUUUGCGAUGAUUUUUCAUUGGAAAUCACUGAAGCUUUGAUUUUAUAUGCAACAAAAAUGGCACUCAGAGCUUCUGUAGAAGACGAUCAAAUAUUAGCAGCAGAAAUGCGUUUUACUGUAUUCAUAGCAUUACAGAAAAUUGGUGUUACGGAAAAUCUUUUCAUGCAGCUUUAUGCCUGUUUGAUGGCGCUUUGUCCUUAUAAUUAUGAGACCAUUGAAGUAAUAAUCAAUGGAAUGACUAAAUAUGCUGACGAUGAUAAUGUCGAUCAAGUUGAAAUAUUACGGAGGGCUUCCAUAACAAUCCGGUUCCUAGAGAUCAAUGAACGUGUGAGUUCCCCAACUGACCAAGAGAUAAGAUGGUACAAUGAACGUCAAAAAUUUCUUAUCAAACAGCAAAGUUUAACAGUGAAAGUUUAUGAUGGAGAAGAUGCAACCACUCUGGAGGAAAUUGGUGGCUGUCCGUUGUAUAAUAAGACAGAUCUGCUCUUUAGUCAACUUCCCAGCCAAGCUUGCCAUCGUCUUCCAUUUCAUCCGUUUAUGUUUGAAAAUGAAAAAGAUUUGCAGAAUAUUUUGCUUCCCAUGAUUCAUGCCGAGCUUACGCUUUUCAAUGUCGAUAACUGGCAGAUGUUUGUUCGAGCGUUGCCUGAAAUUGAAAUUUCCAAAUCAGACCUUCUAUCCAGUGCUGUUUUAUUGACUAUUCAAGCAUACAUUACCAAGGAUGCUGAUACGGAUAAGAGUGAUAUUGAACGAAUCAGGCAGCUAGUUAGAAAAGCCACAAAUCGCCUUCGAACACUGAAAGGUUUAACGGAUGGUUUCAAACAUCUGCCUCUGAGUGAGACGAAACUGUGCUUUUUAUCCAUGGGAAUCGAUAUCAUUGAAGAAUGGCUUGCAGAUGUUAAGCAUGAAUCGACCGAGAAGGAAAUCGAAGAUAUUGGGUUUUUGAAGCGUUUUCAUCAGAAUUUGGAAGAAGCUUAUAAAAGUUACAAUAUCGAGUUUGUGCUCAAAAAAUAUGGACUCCUGCAACAGGACACACUGGAUAUGUUAUCCGCGCCUCAAAAUCUUAUCGAGCAUAUUUAUACAAACGAAAUUGACUGGAGCAGUUGUAAAGAUAUUGGUGACAAGGUUCCAUGCACGGUUGAAUUGGCUAACAUAUUUGCUUUGGAUCUGGAUAUGAUUCAGGACAGAGUUAUUCAACAAUGGCUUGGAUGGAAUGCUGAAAAAGUUGUGAUCUUUGAUCCUAAUGAAACAAAUCUAAGUGAUGUGCCAUUGAUGUCGAUAGCGACGAAAGAAAAUAAUGGGGAAAUUUAUAGAUUGCCAUAUUCCGACUCUACAGUUUCGAGGGUUGUACAAUUAUCACGGUUACGAGAUUACAAAAAAGCAGCUUAUGGUCUUACAAAUAUCUAUCGACAGGGCUCAUAUGGGAGUAAAAUACGCGCUCUUUGUUGCUUAUUGCGAUUGCUUCGAUGUGAGCAGUUUCCAGAGGUUAUGCAAAGUGAUUUAAGCAAUGUCUGCUCGAUGUUGGAAAUAAUGUUGUAUUCUCGAAUGAUUGAUGAAUGCGAAAUCGAUUUAAACACCGAAACAUUUCAUUCGGCAGAGAAAACCGUUUUGCUGAAAUCGUUGAUAAAUAAUACCUUGCAAACACCACAACUGACUUUGUUUGUGGCAUCUGUAGUGAUAGAUUACCAAUUGCUGGAGCCAUCUAUGAUCGAUCUGCUUUUAACCAAACUUUAUCUCGAAAGGAAAUUUGAUAUGCUCAUCGAAUUAUUAAACUACUGCGUUACUAACAAUAGUAUUCUUUCACACAUAAACAACAUUGAGCAAAAAUGGUUUUAUGCUGCCCAGUGGUUAUUUUCGUCUGCAGUAAAGGAAAGUGCUAACAGAAAGCAACAAUUUGAUAGAUCUCUUUUAUUCUCUUUGAGUUGUCCGGUGGAAUAUGGUCAUUCAGCUAAUGCAUUAUCACAUUCGCUGCAGCGAGAUAAUUUCCCUAUUGCUCAUCGUCUAUUGAUGCUCGCGUCGUCGGUAGUUGCAGAAGAAGCUGAAGAAGGCUCUGAAAAUUGUUUUGAAAGUUCUAUGCGUUCGAAUCUCGAUUUUUCACUGAAAUGGAAGUGA